ACAACAUCAACACCAUCGUUCAGACAACAGAACACUCGCUCACCGGCCAACCAAACCAAAACCGCGCUCUUGACCAUACCAAAGUCAAUCAACAUGCUCGUCCAAGCACUCCUCUUCGCAGCUUCUGCUGCACUGGCAUCUGCCCAGAUCACCUCCAACGGCAGCCAAAUCGUCUGUCCGGCCAACAUGCCCAACGGUACCUUCUGCGCCGGCGAGUCGCUGGGCACAAACAUUAUCAUCCGCUGCGUCAACGGCGUUGCGGAACCAGGCAACUGCAACGAUAACCUUGACGGCGAGCCACCGAUUGGGAACUUCCCGACGACUUGCUGGCAAACAUCGAACUCUUCUGGUGAUGCGGCUUGUGCCAAGAACUGCGUUGUCUACUGCAGCUCCGGCGGCUGCGCAAAAGACUUCACCCUCCCCGACUGCACACCCUUCUACACCGCCUCCUCCUCGUCGUCAACAGCAUCCUCCACCUCCUCUUACCCAACAUACCCAACAUCCCCAACCUCCCCAACCUCGUCCUCCGCCUCCUCUUACCCAACAUACCCAACCUCAUCCACCACAACAUCGACGGGAACUACAACCAUCACCACAGGCUCCACAACCGAGACCAAGACUUUCACUACUACGUACUGCCCAACCGGCACUGGUACGCCGCCACCACCUCCUACCAACGGAACUACGACCAGCAGCUCAAGCCCGGGUGGUGGUGGAAGCCCCACGAAGACACCGAGUGGACCAAGUAGUACUAGCAGCGGGUUCACAGGCGGCGCGGCAGGAUUGACUCCCAUGGGCGCGCUUGCUGGUGCGGGGUUGUUGGCUGCUUACUUCCUUUGAUUUACAUCUUGAUACUUGAUCUCCGUACCUUGCGCGGCGCGAUGAUAUCAAUUUGCUUUGAUUGAGAGAGGCGUAAAUUUGGCGUUUUGCACUGCAUUGUGUAUGGAAAUUGGGGAAGAAUGAUGAUGAUUUCACGACACUCCUUACAUUUUGUAGCCACACUGGCACACUUCGCUUCGAUAAUUACGGUCUACUGCUGCUGUCUCGUCUUCAUGAGAGAAGGGGGCUGGGGUGGCAGGGGCUUUUGUUGUAUGAGUAUGAUGAUACGUUUGAGUGGGAAAAUGAAGAUGGCAUGGGUCAUUAUCAUUGCGAUAUGGCUCAGUGCGAGGAUGAGUACAUAUAUGAAAUGCGCGGAAUUCAGAGAGAACGAGAUAAUAAUAAAAGCAAAGAUUUAAAGAAUGAUACCUGGGCUUCCUUGAAUGUGAUGCAAUUUAGAUCAAGUGAUAGGAAGGUUCGCAAGCGCGAAAAGCAGCUGUACUUGCC